AUGAUGAACAAACCCAUAAAAUUAUCUGAAAACAAAAUAACUACGAAAGAUUGGAAUUAUAGUAUUCAAUUGAAUCGUUUGUUUUUAAAAUCAAUCGGUGCUUGGCCACUUUCGUUAAGCGUUACUUUCAUAGAAAAAAUGAUUUCAAUUGGUUUGACAACUAUUAGUAGUUGUUUGAUAGGAUUUUUAUUGAUACCAUGUGCACUGGUCACGUUUCUUGGUCGUGAGAGUAGCUUAGAUGCUAAAAUUAAGAUGAUAGGUCCACUUAGUUUCUGCGUUAUGGCAGCUAUCAAAUAUUACAUUUUAACGUCACGUGGAAUAACUAUAGCAAACUGUAUCAAACAUAUUCGUUCUGAUUGGGAACGUGCUGCAAAUUUUCAAGACGAUCGUAAAAUUGUUAUUAAGAAUGCAGAAUUUGGUAGAUCAUUGGUCAUCUCUUGUGCAGUUUUCAUGUACGGUGGUGGAAUAUUUUAUUGUACAGUUAUGCCACUUUGUGCUAAGAGAACUGAAAUUAUUGAUAAUCAAACGAUAAGAGUACCAUCAUUUCCGAUUUAUCGUAAACUCAUCGAUCCACGAACCAGUCCUUAUUUUGAGAUCGUACAAUUUCUACAAUGUUUAGCUGGUUACGUUAUUUAUUCCGUUACCAUAAGUGCUUGCAGUUUGUUAUGCAUAUUCGUCAUGCAUGCUUGUGGACAAUUCAAAAUACUCAAAACGAAAUUGGACGAUCUCGUUGCUUGCGAGAAACUAAAUAAUUUUCAUUCGUCCAAUAAAUUAUUGGGAAACAUCGUUGAAUAUCAUUUACGAAUACUCAAUUUUAUAUCUCGGAUCGAAGAAUUGUUCAAUGAAAUUUGUUUCGUUGAAUUGGUUGGAUGUACGAUGAAUAUUUGCUUUUUGGGAUAUUAUUUGAUAACGGAAUGGGAACAUAACGAAACAAUUGGAACUUUGACUUAUUGUACAUUGUUAAUAUCAUUUACUUUCAACAUUUUCAUACUUUGUUACAUCGGUGAACUUCUUGCUGAACAGUGUGAAAAUGUUGGUAUGACUUCUUACAUGAUAAAAUGGUAUCGUUUGCCAAAAAGAAAAGCACUGGACUUGACACUUUUAAUUGCUGUGUCAAAUUCCCCGUUAAAACUGACAGCUGGAAAAUUAUUCGAAUUGUCAUUGGCCAGUUUUUGCAGCGUUAUCAAGUCAGCAACAGCUUAUUUAAAUUUGUUACGUACUCAAUUACGUUGUUUCCGUACGAUUCGCAUCAUGUUGAACGAACCCACCACGUUACCUGAAACCAAAUUAACUACGAAAGAUUGGAAUUACAGUAUCGAAUUGAAUCGUUUGUUUUUGAAAUCAAUCGGUGCUUGGCCACUUUCAUUGAGCGUUACUUUCCAAGAAAAAAUGAUUUCAAUUGGUUUGACAACUAUCAGUAGUUGUUUGAUAGGAUUUUUAUUGAUACCAUGUGCACUGGUAAUGUUUUUUGGUCACCUGGGUAGUUUAGAUGCAAAAAUCAAAAUGAUAGGACCACUUAGUUUCUGUUCAAUGGCUGCAAUCAAAUAUUACAUUUUGACAUCACGUGGAAUUGCUAUUGCCAAAUGUAUCAAUCAUAUUCGUACCGAUUGGGAACGUGCUGCAAAUUUUCAAGACGAUCGUAAAAUUGUUAUUGAAAAUGCUGAAUUUGGUAGAUCAUUGGUCAUCAUUUGUGCUGUUUUCAUGUACGGUGGUGGAAUAUUUUAUUGUACAGUGAUGCCACUAUUUUCUAAAAGAACUGAAACUAUUGAUAAUCAAACGAUAAGAGUACCAUCAUUUCCGAUUUAUCGUAAACUCAUCGAUCCACGAAGCAGUCCUUAUUUUGAGAUCGUACAAUUUUUACAAUCCUUAGCUGGUUACGUUAUUUAUUCCGUUACCAUUAAUGGUUGCAGUUUGUUAUGCAUAUUCGUCAUGCAUGCUUGUGGACAAUUUCAAAUUCUCAAGAUGAAAUUGGAUGAUCUCGUUUUCGGUGAGAAACAAACUGAUGGUAAUUCUUCUGACGAACGAUUGAAAGAUAUCGUUGAAUAUCAUUUGAGAAUACUUCAUUUUAUAGCUCGAAUUGAAGAAUUGUUCAAUGAAAUUUGUUUCGUUGAAUUGGUUGGAUGUACGAUGAAUAUUUGCUUCUUGUCAUAUUAUUUGAUGACGGAAUGGGAACACAGCGAAGCAAUUGGAACAGUCACUUAUUGUACAUUUUUGAUCUCAUUAACAUUUAACAUUUUUAUACUUUGUUACAUAGGUGAACUUCUUGCCGAACAGUGUAAAAAUGUUGGUGUGACUUCUUACAUGAUAAAGUGGUAUCGUUUGCCAAAAAAGAAAGCACUCGAUUUGACACUUCUCAUAGCUGUUUCAAACGCCCCAUUAAAAUUGACAGCUGGUAAAUUUUUCGAAUUGUCAUUGGUCUGUUUUUGCAGCGUAAUGAAAACAUCGGCAGCUUAUUUAAACAUGUUACGUACUUUCACUAAUUAAUCAACUUGACGUGGA